UGUGCUUUCCCGGUGGUGCACACGCCCAGACCAGGGCACCCGCUGCACGGCUCGCUGGGAAGAUGGCUGAUGAGAUCGUCCCAGAGCAGGUGCCUGACAAGUUCACCUAUGAUUAUGAGACCAUUCGGAAUGGGGGGCUGAUAUUCGCCGUGGUGGCUUUCGUGGUCGGACUCCUCAUCAUCCUCAGUCGGCGGUUCCGCUGUGGAGCAAAGAAGAGAAGAAGAACCACCUGGACUGUCUGGAAAGCAGCUUCCUGCCCACUGCUCUGUCUAGGAGGGGGGAAUUGUCUUCAGGAGCCAAGCCCCUUGCACCGGAGACAUUAACCCUCUCGGCCCUGCACCUCUAUACAUACCAUUUGCAUGGCUUUCCUUUGUAAAAUCAGUUCAGUGCUUCUUUGCCUCAAUAAAGCUCC